AGUUUUUUUGGUUUUUGUUUUUAUCAUCAUCUAAUCAAUGAGCAACGUCUCCUUCAUCUUCUAUUACAAUUCUCCAUUGCUUUUUUUGUUGUUCUUACAAGAAUGUUAUACUGUCCUAGUGGAAUCGACUUUGUGCUUGUUCUUGGUUAAAAGCUCGGAUCCAAUCUGAAGAAAGGAACCAGUUUCUUGAUUUUCAGACAAGAUGUUUGAAGGUCGACCACGAGAUUCUUGUCUGGUUUCAACGCUUUUCCCCAUGCCAAGCCAUAACGAAACCCAAUGGAGCUUUUCGUCUUCUGUCAAACGCCAUUUUCUCAACAGGGACGAGACUGAUCUUCAUAACCACAAGAAAAAGAUUUACAAGCUCACCGAGUUCUUCAAUCUUGACGGAGGAGGUAAUGAUGAACGCUCAGCCAGCAACAACAGAGGAGAAAACGGAUCUUCAGAUUUAGGAGGAUCGCUAAUCCCGGGGAUGAACAAAGACGACUCCAUAAGCUGUUUGCUUCGCUGCUCACGAGCUGAGUACUGCUCCAUUGCUUCAGUGAGUCGUAGCCUACGCGCUCUGAUCCGAAGCGGUGAGAUUUAUCGACUCAGGAGGCUACAAGGGACGCUCGAGCAUUGGGUGUACUUCUCGUGCCAUCUCAACGAGUGGGAAGCUUUUGACCCGAGGUCGAAACGGUGGAUGCAUUUGCCGAGCAUGCCGCAGAACGAGUGUUUUAGGUACGCAGACAAAGAGUCUCUCGCUGUCGGAACUGAUCUGCUUGUGUUCGGUUGGGAAGUGAGCUCUUACGUAAUCUAUAGAUACAGUCUGUUGACUAACUCUUGGUCAACCGGGAAGAGUAUGAACAUGCCUAGAUGCUUGUUCGCCUCUGCUAGCUACGGAGAGAUCGCGGUUCUAGCCGGCGGUUGCGAUUCCAACGGCAGGAUUCUUGAUACCGCGGAGAUGUAUAACUAUGAGGAUCAGACUUGGUCGGUGUUGCCGGAGAUGAACAAGCGGAGAAAAAUGUGUUCUGGUGUGUUUAUGUGUGGGAAGUUUUAUGUGUUUGGUGGGAUUGGUGUUGGGGAAGGGAACGAGCCAAAGGUUUUGACUUGUGGUGAAGAGUUUGAUAUGAAGACGAGGAGAUGGAGAGAGAUUCCUGAUUUGUCUCCACCAAGGUCUAGCCAGGGGAACGGAAUGUCUGCGGCUGCGAUGGCUCCACCGCUUGUAGCGGUUGUGAAUGAUCAGCUUUACGCGGCUGAUCAUGCCGGUAUGGCGGUUAGAAGGUAUGAUAAGGAGAACCGGGUUUGGGUAAAGGUUGGGAGUUUACCUGAGCAAGCGGGUUCGAUGAACGGUUGGGGUCUAGCGUUUAGAGCUUGUGGGGAUCAGGUUAUAGUGAUUGGUGGACCAAAGGCUCCAGGUGAAGGAUUCAUUGAGCUUAACUCAUGGGUUCCAAGUGAUGGUACUCCACAGUGGCAUUUACUCGGGAAGAAACAGUCGGUUAAUUUCGUUUACAACUGCACCGUUAUGAGCUGUUGAAAGAAAGUGCAUAGAGAUUUUUACCGGGAGAUAUGUUUGAGUUAGCCAGGGUAUAAACACACAAGGCUUGUUAGUAAUGAUUAAUAUAUAAAAUCUUGUUGUUCUGUUACUUUUUCUAAUUGUGUAGUUUCAUGUUUCCUGCUGAGUUCUAUAUUUUGA